AAAGUAAUGCAGGGGAUUUUAUUGGAUUUCCUUUUUUGUGAAUGUCAAUCAACGAAUGGUAGAUGGUAUAAAGGAAAAACAUUGACCAGUAUAAAUUAAGGCAACGUUUAUUCUGCAGUCAAAGUUUUCUUACACCACGAACAGUCGGCAGAACCUAAGCUAAUCGUCAUAAUGUACUCCGGAUUCAUCCUCGUGUUCUUUCUCGCCGCGUUUGGACUAGCCAUCGCCGGCGUUUGCGACCGUGCCCCGGAUGUGAACGGGUGUAGUAUUCCAGGGAACCUGCCAUAUCCCUACAAGAACACCUUCAGACGUGACUGCAAUAAACAUGACAUCUGCUAUUCCUGUGGAAAACAUUAUGGAAUAAGGAGAAGUACCUGCGACAGCCGAUUCUACCGAAAUAUCAAAUCUACAUGUAACAGCGUAAGCAACCCAACCUGGUGUAAGUCGAUUGCCUUUGACUACUAUACAGCGGUGAGGAUUGGCGGGAGUUCCCAUUACAAACAAAGAUCACCGAAAUGGUGCAGCCGAUCCUACGUGUCAGGAUGUAUUGCUUAAACGUUUCUUAUUGAAUGAUAAAUAAAAGAACCGUGAACACA